CGACUCUGAUUCCCAAAUCUUUCUGCAACAAAAAGAUUGCAACUUUGAGCAAAAGACUGGAGCUUUUGAAGCCGAAUUGAAAGAGAAUAGGAACGGAACAAAAAAUGGGUGGCGGGCGCAGAGCUGGAAAGGAGAUUGCUGCCUCCUCUCCUCCUCCUCCUCCGUUGAGUGAGUCUUUUGUACGUGCUGUUUGGGACCUUCUCCGUGUCGCUGUGGAUGUUCACCUGAAAGAUGGGUCCGUAUUCUCUGGAAUCUUCCUCACUGUAUCUCCGGAGAAGAACAUUGUUUUGAAGGAAGCUAAACUAACUAAAAGGGGUAGAAGUAGAUCAAAUGUAGCAAGCGAGGCUGUAGUAGCGACACUGGUGAUCCGCUCAAGUGAUAUUGUUAAAGUUGUUUCUGAAUCUAAGGAAAAAGUGCUUUCAUUUGAUGAUGUUGCGGAAAAUUCCCAGAAAUUUGGCUUUAGUGAGCAAGAAAGUCCUGGGGAAGUUCAAGCUUCAAAUUUAAGCUCUGAGAACCGCCUUAUCCCAGUAAAGCCCAUUGGGGUUGGGGAAGGUAAUGCUGAGAAGACAUGCAACCUAUUACACUCUGGAGCAUCUCAUGAUGGUACUGUGGGCUUGAAACCGUCAUGCUUUGAGACGAGCCCUUCAGAAGACACUUUCCCAGAUGUUGUCCAGUCAAGUGUUUCAACUUCUUCAACUCAUGUUUCUGAUGUUACUUUAGAGUCAUUUGGUAGCUCAGUGAUAACUACAGUUGAAAUGGCCCCUCCUCAAAAUUCUGAAUCUAAUGAAAGCUCAAAGCAUGCACCCGUGCCCCAGCAACCUGGAUAUGCUGGUCAGUACCAUCCUGCUCUAGUUGUACGACCAGUCAAUGAUCCAAAUUCUCAAGCUGAGGCUAUGACUGCACAGUUGGGACAAAUUGUCUAUAUGCAGCCAGGUGUUUUUGUAAGAUGUUAAUCCCUGCAACUUAAUAAAACCUUGCUAUUUAAUAUUCUGACAUGGGCAUUUAGAAGAGGAAAUAUUGAAUACCUGUUUGUAGCUCGUUUUUCAUGGUAGCAGUUUGCAUUUCUUUCCAAAUCUUUUGGUGUCCCAAUUGAUUCAUCUUAAAGCUUUUUUUGGCUUUCUUAGUUUAGAUUUUUUUAUUUUCAGCAAACCUUAGUUUAGAUUUUUUGGUCAAAACAUGCUGAAUAGGAUGAAUUCUCUGCAUCUUUCUAUGGUUCUUUUAAUCUUCACCUGCAUUUAGACCUGAAUCUGAUCCACGAAGCAAAGUAUCUUUCUCAUUUUUUUAACCAGUCAGUAGGAAUGCAACUUAUAUAAGAUGCCUAAUCUUUUCUCCUUGGCAAACAGAUAUCAAACGGUACCAAAUGUGGUUAUGGAUUGAUGUAAUGCAGAGUAAAUAAUGAUGCCAUAUAUUUAUGUAAAAAUGAAAAGAAAAAAAUGGAGUAUCAGGGAAAGGAAAAAGAAUUGCCAUUCAUCAUAUAAUCAUAUACACUUGUCUUCCGGAUUAUUAAAUUUCUAUUUAUUUU